AUGGAAUAUAAAAAUAUAUCUACUUCUUUCCCCAUCCUCCGAAUCCACCACGCCCUCCGAACUGUUGUUGUCCACCGAAUUGUCCUCCACGUCCACCGAAUUGUUGCUGACCGCCGAAUUGUCCUUGCCGUCCUCCGAACUGCUGUUGUCCUCCGAAUCUACCCUGUUGUUGUCCCCACUGUCCUCCUUGUUGUCCUUGGAAUCCACCGCGGUCUGAAAUGGGAAAUAUGUUUCAGGGAUUCAGAUGCAUCAACUCACUUCCAAAUUGUCCUCCUUGCUGACCACCGAAUUGUCCACCACGUCCACCGAACUGCUGCUGACCGCCGAAUCCUCCGAAUCCUCCGAAUUGGCAAGUGA